GGGAAAGUGACUUCCGCUCUGCAGCUUGCCCUUGUCCUCCCGCCUGACCGGCGCUAAAUCCGUGAUGUUGGCUGGGGUGCGGGCUGCCCGGGGGCUCAUCAGGGGAGCAUGUGCUUUCCGCUCUCUUCCACAAGUCCGACUGGAGGGCACGACCACAGAGACAAGACCUACGGUGAGGCCACAAGAUAAAGUGCAGUUGAACCAACUUUCAGCCUUUGGCGAGUAUGUAGCGGAGAUCCUCCCCAAGUAUGUGCAGCAAGUUCAGGUGACCUGUAAUGGAGAGCUGGAAGUCAUGGUUCACCCAGAUGGGGUUAUACCAGUCCUCACGUUUCUUCGCGACCACACAAACGCCCAGUUCAAAUCACUGGCCGAUCUGACUGCUGUUGACGUCCCAGCAAAAACAAACCGGUUUGAAAUAGUGUACAACCUUUUGUCAUUGCGGUUCAACACCCGUAUGCGCGUGAUGACCUACACCGAUGAGCUGACUCCUGUUGAGUCGGCUGUGCCUGUUUUCGAGGCUGCAAACUGGUAUGAGAGAGAGGUUUGGGAUAUGUACGGUGUAUUUUUCGCAAACCAUCCCGAUUUGAGACGGAUCCUUACAGACUACGGGUUUGAAGGCCAUCCCUUCCGUAAAGAUUUCCCACUGUCUGGAUAUGUGGAGGUGCGCUAUGAUGAUGAGGUAAAGCGAGUGGUGGCAGAGCCGGUGCAGCUGUCCCAGGAGUUCCGCAAGUUUGACCUGAGCAGCCCAUGGGAAGCCUUUCCGGCACAUCGUCAGCAGCCUGAAAGCCCAAAACUGGAGCCCGGGGAAACCAAAUAAGUCUCCCGCAAGUUGUGCUUCUAGUUCUUACAAGUUAUUUAUGUAUAUAAAAUAAAGACCUAAACUUUGUGGUUU